AAAAACAAAAUUAUGUUAAAAAAUGUUGUCUGUAUUUGAAUUUCAAAAGUUGGAAAAGUGUAAAAAGAAACCGACAUUCAAAAUACAUUCACUCACUACUUCUAUAUCUAUCUCUAAAAUAAAACCCUAACACACUGAAAGACCACAAAAUUAAACAAAUUCAGGAAUCAUACCGUCGAAGCUAACCCCUGGAGAGUACAACCGAGCAUAGCAUGAGUACCCGAGAUAGAAGGGCACAGCCAGUUAGGCGUACAAGGUCCCAUUCAAGAAGAAAUGUUGUGCUAACAGUGGAUCUAAAUGUUGCACCGGCAGGUGAGAACGGAGAUCAGGAAGGAACUUUUAUUCAUGUUGUGUCUGGGGAUACGACACAUGGACAAAGAGGUACCUCUUCGACACCUGCAGCAAUUGAUGUUGAGGCACUUGAUGAUGAUGUGAUUAUAUCAUCCCCUAGGGCGUUUGAAGCAGCUAAGAACAACUCCAGAAGGAAUCAAGGACGGGUUAUUGUGCUUGAUGUGGAUUCUGAGGACCGUACGUCUAGGGGUAACAGUCGCGACAAGCGUAGAAGAGUCUCUACAAAUCAAGCAACAAGUGGUGAUAUUCACAUAGACCUAGAAGGACAUAGCUGUCCAAAGAAAGUUGAUCUAAAAAGUGCAAUACCAGCACCACCAAAAGAGCCUACAUUCAGCUGUCCAGUGUGCAUGGGUCCAUUGGUUGAUGAGAGGUCGACUAAAUGUGGUCACAUUUUCUGCAAGGCGUGCAUUAAAGCAUCCAUUGCUGCCCAGGGUAAAUGUCCUACGUGUAGGAGGAAAAUCGCUAUGAAGGAUACCAUAAGAGUAUAUCUUCCCGCCACAACUUAAGUCAAAGGAUUUGGCCAUCAUUUACAUGACCUGUGGAGGAGAAAGUGUGUGACUGUGAGAGUGAAAGGGAAGUAUGAAUGGAGAUACUUUUAUUCAGUUAAGUUUUAGGUCACAAUCAACUAUGUACUAUUCCAGUCUGUGCUUAAAAGAUGGUGUAAUUAGUAAAUGGAAUUAAGCUAUAUGCACUGAUUCUUUUUAAAAAAAACAUCAUUAGUGUAAUAUACCUCAAUGAAAGUCUAUGAACUUUUGUUUGUGGCA